AUGAAGACGCGCCCUCCGAAAGUAAAGCGCUGUAACCUCUGGGAUGACAAUAAGAAACCCAGGCGGGUGAAAGGGGGAGCAACUGGUUGCUGGAGGUCCGACAGUGAUUGUUUCUUUGUACAUCCGACAGAAAAAGAAUGGGACACUGCUGAUUCGUCCUUCCCUCCUCGGGCACACGAGGUCAUCGACGACGACAGUGAAUUCUUCUACGAGAUGACCAGCAGAAACAGGAAAUCAAGCAACUCUACUGUGACACCAGACUCUCAUCGCGAUCGCCGACAAUACGCUAGCCCUUCAAAAGACGGUAGGAACGGCAGACGGUCACGGUCACCUGCCACAUCAGUGGCUGAAUCAGACAAGCUCGAAAAGUUACGAAGAGAUGACGGCUAUCACCGGCGCACGAGCAUGGCAGGUUCGUCGUCAUCUUACUCCAGACGUCGUUCUCCCCCUUUGGAUGACCGCGGGAGGCGUGGCGACCGAGCUCGCUCGCCGAUAGCACCAAGACGGUUAUCGCCAUCACGGCCCCAGAUAUCCAUAAAGCCCGUCAUGCCUCCGCCUCCGCCUCCCCCACCCUCGCGCCCACCGCAUCCUCCUCAAGGAACUCCGCCUACGAGACCACCACCUCCCGUCCCUUUGACACCAUCUUUCCUUUCGAUAGACAUAUCACAAAGGGCACCCGAAAAGUCCCGAGCAUUAUCAGCAGAUGAACUACGCAAAGUCUGGCAUGAAAGAGUGGAUCUAUUGUUCGCAUCUGUAAAAGCGCGCGAACAGUUGAGCGUAGCGGAGUCAGACUUGAAAUUGUACAAAGCGGGCGAGUCGUCGUGCAUGACCGGCGCGUCAACUACCCGUAUUACAACUCAAAGACAUUUCCUGGAGACGCAAUGCGAGACGAAGAAGGCAGAGAUAUUCGAUACCAUCCAAAAACUCACUGCAUCAGAAUUCUGGCCGGCUCUCAAGCCACCUGACUUGCAGAGCGUGGAAGCCAAGUUUUUCGGCAUGAAGCAACAGAUAUCAGCACUGAAAGAUUCGGUCAGCGACCUCGGUACAUCUUUCUCUGCAUUCCUCAGAAUGAAGGACCUUGGAACCGCCUCCAGAGAUUCAGGUGAACCCCCACUGAAGAAACGGAGGCUAGAAGAGGGAGAGGUUGCCCCAGCUGACGCUAGUGAAGCCACUUUUUCGCUCAGUGCCUUGGAUGGGAUACAAGAACGCUUGGGCGGUGUUGAGCGCCAGCUGGAUGAUCUCGAGAAUGACAUUUUUCAGCGCGACACGAUCGUGGGGGAUGAGAUCGACUCUCGCAUCCAAGGUCGGCUAGAAGAGGAGGAGAUAUUUCCGGAUGAAGAUGAUACGAAGCUUUCGUCGGCUGCUGUGAUUGCUGUGGUGCAGGCUGAGACUGGCAAGGCCCUGGAUACCAUCAAUACAACAGACCGAGAGCUGAGAGUAGUGGCACAGGAGGUUGAGGGCUUGAUGAUGCAGACCAAAGGUACCGACGACAAGGCUACGCGGUUAAGCCUGGAAAACGAGCAGCUCAAAACUAAGAUAGUCGAGCUCAAGUCCUCAACAGAGGCUUACGCCAAGCUGGCACAGCAAAAUGACGAACGAGUAGAAGCAUUAGCGGCAGCGCUACAGGCCUACAUCUCACAAGCUCCACCUCCUCCUCCGACGCCGGUUGUUCCAACCCACGAAUAUCUCAUGGAAGAGCUCGAAGAGCAUAUUCACUUCGUCGUCAACAAGUACAUUGAGCCUCUCCUGCGGGAUAUCAGGGACGAUGUCACCAAUAUGCUUGAUAAAGACAGUGCCGCUAUGUAUCACGAUGUGUGGCCAAAGAUCGAGCUUGUGCUACGCAUGGUGGAGACAGUUAAAAAAGGUAGUAAUAUCAUUCUCGAACCAAAGGAGUAA